GACUCACGUAAUCACUCUUGAAAACAAUGUGCAAGGGUAAACUUUUGCAGUCAAGUCAUCCUGCUAAUGCCCUUAACUGCUCAGGGAAUCCAAGAAGCUACAGAUAUGUCUACUGAGCUUCCUGCUACAGCAGCGGUUACAGGAAUGGACACUUUCACAGUUUCUCAGACAAACAGUUCCACCUGCGACUUAUAUGAGCACAAAGAUACGGCACGGGUACUGCUGUCUGUCUUCUACAGCUCCAUCUUAAUUCUUGGGGUGCUCGGAAAUGCCAUUGCCCUCACCGUCAUUUUUAAAAACAGAAAGAAGAUGAACUCCACUACCCUCUAUUCAACAAACCUCGUCUUCUCCGACCUCCUGUUCUGCAUCGCCUUGCCUACAAGGAUAGCCUACUAUGCCCUAGGAUUUCACUGGCCAUUUGGAGAAGCAUUAUGUCGAAUAACCGCUCUCCUGUUCUACAUCAACACCUAUGCAGGCGUAAACUUCAUGACAUGUUUGAGCAUUGACAGGUUUUUUGCUGUUGUCCACCCCUUCCGAUACAAGAUCAGAAGGAUUAAAUAUGCCAAGGGUAUUUGUGUCUUUAUCUGGUUUCUUGUGUUUAGUCAAACUUUCCCAUUACUUAUACAACCCAUGUCACAGGAAGAAACAGAAAGGACUACGUGUAUGGAAUAUCCAAACUUUGAAAAAAUUGCACACCUACCAUUUAUACUUCUCGCUGCUUGUUUAGUAGGGUACCUUAUUCCCCUGGGGAUUAUACUAUUUUGUUACUCUCAAAUUAGCUGCAAACUUUUUCAAACGGCCAAGGAAAAUCCACUGACUGAAAAAUCAGGGAUAAACAAAAAAGCCAUCAAUACAAUCAUAUUUGUAAUUAUAGUGUUCAUCAUCUGCUUCACCCCUUAUCAUGUUGCAAUCAUACAACACAUGAUUAAGAAGCUUCAGAAUGAACCCUUGUGCACUGAAAAGAAAAUUUUCCAGAAGUCACUCCAUUAUACUGUGUUUCUGAUGAAUUUUAACUGCUGCCUAGAUCCUUUUAUCUAUUUCUUUGCGUGCAAAGGAUACAAGAGAACUGUAAUGAAAAUACUGCGACGACAAGUGAGUGUAUCAAUUUCAAGCGCUGUCAGGUCACAUCACGAAGAAAGCUCACGUGACGUGGGAGAAACACAAAUGAUGGUACUUGCAAAAUCUUCCAAUGGGAAGCUACCUGAAAAACAAAGUCUGUAG